GAGGGGUUUAAGCUUUUAAUUUUCUUCUGCUUUCUUUUUCUCUUCUCGCUCUAAAUUCUUUUUAACAGACCUAAUAACCGUUCGGUUGCUUGCCGCCGUAACUCCGGCGUCCAUCCUCACCGGAGGAACGCACUUCCGGAAAUUAUGGCUUCCGACGGCGCGACGUACAUGGACUCUAUGAGCUUCAAAGUCUCAGAACUCUUAAAGGAGGUCCAGCUCGACUAUUCUCCUGCCUUCACGAAAAGUGUUGACGACGUUGUUUCUUCCAUUAAAAAAGUCAUUCGGAAAAUCCCUAAGGAUUUGCAGGUUACAGCUGAUUUGGCGCCCGGAUUUGUAAGAGAUAUUAGAGCUGACAAAGUUGAAUUUAAGUUUAAGCGGCCGAAAUUCUAUGAAAUCGCUGGUAGUUAUUCAAUGCAAUGUGUUACCAAGCCGGAUGUUAAUGUUGACCUCUUUAUUCGUAUACCCAAGGAGUGCUUCCUUGAGAAAGACUAUCUCAACUAUCGGUACCAUGCCAAAAGAUUCCUUUAUUUGUGCGUGUUGAAGAAUCAUUUAGUUUCGUCUUCACUGUUUGAUGAUAUUUGUUGGUCUACCUUCCAAAAUGAGGCGCGAAAACCUAUAUUACUUGUGAAACCAGAGGCGUCUGAAAACCAUGCCUUUGUUCUGAGAAUAAUUCCUACGGUGGACAGAGAUGUGUUCAGUUUAUCCAAGUUAAACUUGGCUCGCAACAAUGUCCGCUCCCUAAACCAAGCGGAUGUUCCACAAGCCACACCACUAUAUAACAGUAGUAUACUAGAGGACAUGGUGCUUGAAGAUAAUGCAGAAUUUAUCAGAAGAACAUUUUUGGGAUGGAAAGAGUUGAGAGAGGCUUUGGUGCUUCUAAAAGUCUGGGCACGACAGAGAAGUUCUAUAUAUUCUCAUGAUUGUUUGAAUGGGUUUUUGAUCUCUGUGAUCAUGACCUACCUAGCAACAGAAUCUGGUGGGAAUCGCAUAAACAAGUUAAUGAGUCCCUUGCAGAUAUUUCGUGUGACUCUGGACUUCAUAGCCAAAUAUGAAUGUGAGAAAAACAGCAUCUUAUUCCAUCCACAAGGUGAAAGAAAUGUUUCAAACAAGGAAAAGAUGACAACUUUGCGAUCAUUUCCUGUAGUUAUUUGUGAUUCAUUUGCAGACGUAAACUUGGGAUUCCGCAUGUCAAAGAAUGGUUUCCAAGAGCUUCAAGGCGAGACCGAAUUGACACUUGCCUGCUUGGCUGAAUAUGGAGGUGGUGGGUUUGAUGAGAUUUUUAUGACCAGGAUAGACUUUCCAGCAAAAUAUGAUUAUUGUGUUCGAUUGAACCUCAAGGGAAAAGUUGAGGGGGGAUUUUGCACGGAUGAUGAAUGCUGGCGAAUUUAUGAGAAAGACGUAUGGUCUAAGAUGGCUGAAGGACUGGAAGACAGAGCAAAAUCUAUCCGUGUUAUUUGGAGGAAUACGACUUCUGGUUGCAAGUUUGAAGAGGGUUUUAGUAUGUUGGAUGGAGAAGAAUUGCUUAUUGGUAUUUCCACUAAAUCAGUGGAGGAAGCCUACAAGAAAGUUACAAUGGGCCCUAGUCCUGAGGAAAAAGAAGAGGCAUUGAAAUUCCGCAAAUUUUGGGGAGACAAAGCAACUCUUAGGCAAUUUCGGGAUAGUAGAAUUGCCGAAGUUGUCGUGUGGGAACGUGAUGAAUGGGAAAAGCAUCUGAUAUUGAAAGACUUGACCGAGUAUAUUCUUUCACGCCAUUUUUCCCUUCCAAGGGAAAGUAUCUGUCCUAUCGUGGAUCAGCUUGAUUUUUGUCUUCUUUAUGGAAACAGAGAUCCGAUCACAUUUUCGAAGAGUCUGCUGCCGGCAUUUGAUGAAUUGUCAAAGCGAUUACGUCAUCUUGAUGAUAUUCCUUUGAAUAUAUCCAGCGUGCAGCCACUCAACUCAGCUUUCAGGUUUGCAUCUGUGUUUCCUCCAAUGCCGCAUCCCUUAGCGUUUGAAAAGCAAGUAAAACUACAAAAGCUGACUUCAACAUGUAUACAACCACUUGAAGUCAUGAUUCAGCUUGAAGGUUCUGGAAAUUGGCCAAUGGAUGAGGUUGCAUUAGAGAAGACUAAAUCUGCAUUUCUUCUUAAAAUUGCAGAAAGCCUUCAAAACAAGUGGGGGAUGACUUGUUCUUCGACAGAGGAUGAUGUGGAUGUUUUCAUGUCCGGCUUCGCAUUCCGCCUUAGGAUAUUGCAUGAGAGGGGCUUAAAUUUGGUCAGAAGACCAGGUGGCAGUGGUCCAGUGAAGCGGGUCCUUUCCACAGACAGGAAACUGUUUAUGUGCAGCCAGCACUCGAGCAUGAUUAAUGGAUUGUGUGGUCGCUAUCCGACAUAUGCUCCAGUUGUUAGGCUUGCGAAGCGUUGGGUCUCUGCUCAUCUUCUUUCGUCCUUGUUGGUCGAGGAGGCAAUUGAGUUGUUAGUUGCUCAUCUCUUUUUGAAGCCUUUCCCAUUUACUCCUCCCAUGUCCCGAAUAACUGGGUUUUUGAGGUUCCUGCGAUUAUUGUCCGAUUAUGAUUGGAUGUUCUCUGCACUAGUAGUUGAUAUCAAUGGUGAUUUGACUUCAGCAGAUCAAAAAGAGAUCAACGAAAAUUUCAUGUCAAGCCGAAAAAAUAGUGAAGAAAAUCCACAGGAUGCAAGCCCUGCCAUGUUCUUGGCUGCUGCUUAUGACAAGGCAUCUGAAGCAUGGACAAGAACAUCGCCUACUGCAACAGAGCUGAAAAGACUGGUGACUUAUGCUACCAGCGGUGCAAAUUUAUUAAGCAAACUCAUCAUGCACAAGGAGUCCGAUUCUCAUAGAUGGGAGUGUCUAUUCCGCACUCCCCUGGACAAAUAUGAUGCUGUCGUCCUUUUACAUCGGGAUAAAAUGCCGUUUCCUCAUCGUCUUCUCUUCCCAUCAGAAAUUUAUCAAGGGAGGCUCAUCGCACAAGGGCAGUCCAGCAAAUUUUUCUAUCCUUUCAUAUUACCUGCAGAAGGGAAAAACAUUAAGCAAAGCCUUGAGGAACUCAAAACCAAAGUGAUGGUAGACUUUGACCCAGUCAGGUGCUUCAUUAACGACAUGGAGAGGGACUUUCCUGAGACAUUCAAGGUGUGGUAUGAUUCUUUAGGAGGUGAUGCAAUUGGCCUUACCUGGAGCAAAGCAAAUCUGCAGAAGCGAAGUCGAGAUAUGAUGGAAGAUGACGAUAUCGAGCCCGUUGAUACGUUAAAGGCUGUUGGUGAGGUUGGGAAAGGGUUAGUGAGAAGUAUUCAUCUUCUCAAGGUACCAAAACUAAGGCAUUAAGAUUUUUGUUACUUAGAAUUAUCACUCAAACUUUGUAUAUAAAUAUCGAUUUUUCACGAGGAGGGCUCAAUCCUAUUUUGGCUGAUGUAGUCGUUCCAGUGUUGGGAUUACAAAAUUAAAUUUUGUAGUGGUUGUAAGGAAGCUCUAAUUCGGUGUAUUAACUGAAUUUUGCUUGAGUUUUAGUGUGAUAUUAUGAGAAGAAGAAUCAUUUCUUAUUGCAUGUCCCACAUCGGCAAAAUUUGCCUAACAAAAUCUGUUUAAAUAGGCCCUAAAUCAAAAACUUG